AGGAACAAUGGUAGCCAUCAGGACUUGUCCAUCCAAGACCAGCAGCAGCAGCAGCAGCAGCAGCAAGGACUGGUUUAUAUAGCAGAUGAGAAAGGACUUUAAUGCUCAAAGAUAAAUCUUUUUAGACUCUCUUUCUCUUCCAUUUCUAACCAGAUAAAACCCAACACCACUGUAGAGUACACCACCACCACCACCACCACCCACUACCAUCACUGUAAAUCUCCAAAUUAGGUUGUCUUCAAAAACAAAAAAAAAACCCACCCCCAUUGUUAAACAAGCUCCAUCUAUUACCUCUAUGGGUUUUUGAGGUUAUGGUGAUUACUGCCAGGAGAACAAGGUGAAAAUUCUUUUUGGUGAGAGCCGAACAAGCUGAAAAUUCGAUUCUGGGUUUUUGAGGUAAUGAUGAUUAUUGCCAGAAAAACCAGGUAAUUUUCGAUUCUGGGUCUAUUUCAAAAUUUAAUUUUUUUGAUUAGAUGCAAAAAAAAAAAAAAAAGAUCAGAUGAAAAUUUAAAGAUGCAGCAACAUCAUAAUAACAGUAAUCUAUUCAAUACUAUGAAGCUUGUAAAUGGAUGCAAAGGUAAUCAAGUUUAUGCCCUAAAUACCACAAACCCAUGUUGUAAUCAUAGCAAUAAUGAAGAUAAACAACAACAUAGUACUACUAGUGCUCAAAUUAGAACAGUCAACAACUCAUCAAUCAGGUCAAAAUUGAGUCAAUCCAUUUCAAUUGAUAAUCUAUUGCUUCCAUUUGGUUUACCUAGUACUGAUCUCUUAGAACCCCCAAUUGAACCGUAUUUCAAAUCUAUAAACUAUGUUGAAUCUUUAGCGAAUGUUUAUAAACGUCUCGAGAGUUGUUCUGUGGAGGAGAAAUCUAUGGCUUUUCUUGAACAAUAUUCGUUGUUUAAGGGAUUGUCGGAGCCUAAGUUGUUGAGGAGAAGUUUGCGGUGUGCGAGGCAGUAUGCGGUGGAUGUAAAUGAGAAGGUUGUGUUGUCUGCUUGGUUGAGGUAUGAAAGGAGAGAAGAUGAGUUUGAUGGUUCGUGUUCAAUGGAUUGUGGUAAUGGUCGUGUUAUUGAAUGUCCUAAGUCUAGUUUAGUGCCCGGGUAUGAUCCGGAUUUGGUUUUUGAAGCGUGUCCGUGCAGGAGAACGUUGGUGGAAGUUUUGUCAGUUGAUGAACGGGAGGAAGAAGAAUGUUCGACUUCCGAGGGGGAUGAUUAUGAUGUUUCAUUUUGUAUUGGAAAUGAGGAGAUAAGAUGUGUUAGGUAUAAGAUUGGUUGUUUAUCGAGACCUUUGAAUACGUUGCUGUAUGGUGAGUUUAGGGAAUCUAAAAGAGAGAAGAUAAGUUUUGCUCAUGGUGAGAUAUCAGUGGAGGGAAUGAGAGCUGUUGAGUUGUUUAGCAGGACAAAGAAGCUAGAGUCGUUUACAGUUUCACCUAGAAUUGUAUUGGAGAUUCUGUCGUUUGCAAAUAGAUUUUGUUGUGAAGAGAUGAAGGCUGCUUGUGAUAAGCAUUUGGCGGACUUGGUUUGUAAUAUUGAAGAUGCUUUGUUGGUAAUAGAGUAUGGGUUGGAGGAGAUGGCGUAUCUUUUAGUGGCCUCUUGUUUGCAGGUACUCCUGAGAGAACUUCCAAGGUCUAUGCACAAUUCAAAUAUAAUGAGACUGUUCUGUGGGUCGGAGGCUAGAAAGAGACUGGAAAUCAUGGGGCACGCUUCGUUCACAUUGUAUUACUUCUUGAGCCUGGUGGCUAUGGAAGAGGACAUGAAAUCAAAUACUACAGUUAUGUUGUUAGAGAGAUUAGGAGAAUGUGCAACACUAGGGUGGCAGAAGGGGCUCGCGUUCCAUCAAUUGGGUUGUGUGAUGCUUGAAAGGAAAGAGUACAAGGGUGCGCAACGUUGGUUUGAAGCUGCUGUGGAGGUUGGACAUGUGUAUUCUUUAACGGGUGUUGCCAGAAGCAAGUAUAUAAGGGGUCAUAAGUACACUGCGUACAAGCAGGCAAGUGCCCUCAUUUCCGAGUAUACACCCCUUGGGUGGAUGUACCAGGAGAGAUCUUUGUAUUGCACUGGGAAGGAGAGGAUGAUGGAUUUGGAAACUGCAACUGAGUUGGAUCCCACUCUUCCCUUCCCGUACAAAUACAGAGCGGUCACGUUGGUGGAAGAAAACAAGAUUGAAGCGGCUAUCUUAGAGAUUGACAAGAUUAUUGGGUUCAAGGUCACCCCUGAUUGUCUUGAACUACGUGCUUGGUUCUCAAUUGUCCUGGAGGAUUACGAAGCAGCCUUGCGAGAUAUCAGAGCACUAUUGACAUUGGAACCAAGUUACAUGAUGUAUCACGGCAAGGUACAUGGAAAUUACCUGGUUGAGCUCCUUCGCAGAAAUGUUCAGCAAUGGAGUCAGGCAGAUUGCUGGAUGCAACUUUAUGACAGGUGGUCCUCUGUUGAUGAUAUUGGGUCUCUGGCUGUUGUUCACCAGAUGCUAGCAAAUGACCCAGGGAAGAGUCUCCUUCGGUUUCGGCAGUCCCUCCUUUUGUUGCGGUUAAAUUGUCAAAAGGCUGCGAUGCGUAGUUUGCGUUUAGCUCGAAAUCAUUCUAGUUCUGAGCAUGAAAGGCUUGUAUAUGAAGGAUGGAUUUUGUACGACACUGGACACCGUGAAGAGGCACUAGCUAAGGCCGAGAAAUCCAUUUCAAUCCAGAGAUCAUUUGAAGCUUUUUUCCUCAAAGCAUAUGCAUUGGCAGAUACAAGCCUAGAUGCUGAAUCUUCAUCAUACGUGAUCCAGCUUCUAGAAGAAGCCCUUAAAUGCCCUUCAGAUGGGCUUCGGAAGGGACAAGCGUUAAACAACCUAGGGAGUGUAUAUGUAGACUGUGAUAAGCUGGAUCUUGCGGCCGACUGCUAUGUGAGUGCCCUUAACAUCAGGCACACAAGAGCACAUCAGGGCCUGGCUCGUGUUCACCAUCUCAAGACUCAAAGGAAAAAUGCUUACGAUGAAAUGACAAAGUUGAUAGAGAAGGCACAGAACAAUGCAUCUGCAUAUGAAAAACGUUCAGAGUACUGUGAUCGUGACAUGGCAAAGAGUGAUCUUACUAUGGCCACACAUUUGGAUCCACUGAGGACUUACCCCUACAGAUACAGAGCAGCAGUGCUAAUGGAUGACCGCAAAGAAACAGAAGCCAUUGCAGAGCUUACGAAAGCCAUAGCAUUUAAGCCAGACCUUCAGUUGCUGCAUCUUAGAGCAGCAUUUUUUGAAUCGAUGGGUGACUCCGUUCAAACUGUUCGUGACUGUGAAGCGGCUCUUUGCCUAGAUCCCAACCACUCAGACACCAUGGAACUGUAUAAUAGAUCAAUUGUGGACACAAACCAGAUUGGAAAUAAUUGAAUAUAUUUUUGGACAAUUUGAAAUGUUUUACCUAUCAUGUAUGCACUUAGUUAUCUAUAGAUGUAGUUUUGCUU